GAUGGUUCGCGGAGACUUAUCAGAAUUUCAAAGGAACAGGAAAAACAACGAAUGAAGAUGAAAGAGUCUCGUAUGUAAAAAAAUGGCACCGUUCCAUGGCAUGGCCCUCAUAUUGCUUGGAAUCGGGUACCUGUUACACGCAGAACCGCCUUCCGGCCACCGGAACUUAGCGGUGCAACGAUUCGACGGGGAAAAAUCCGAUAAAGGGGAACGUUCGCAACGAGGUACGAAGAGGACGUAUUUUUACAAAGACUCACCCCAAAAAAUGACCGCCGUUGUGGGACAAACUGUUGUGCUGUUGUGUUGUGUUAAAAACUUGGGGAACAGAACCGUGUCUUGGAUUCGAAGAAGGGACUUACACAUCUUAACGUCCAUGUCAGUGACUUAUGCGAGCGACGCAAGAUUUACGAUAGUCGGCAAUCCGGAGUACGACGACUGGAAUCUGCGAAUAGAUUACGUGCAACCACGGGACGCCGGCAUUUACGAGUGUCAAGUUAAUACAGAACCCAAGAUAUAUAGGGCAGUUACUUUGAAAGUUUUAGAUAUGCAGGCAAAGAUCACGGGUCCCGAAGAGGUUUUCGUGAAGAAGGGAAGUACGAUCAGUUUGACCUGUAUCGUGAACGUGCAGGAUAUUCCUCCGAGCAACGUGACUUGGUACCAUGCCGGUGCGGUGAUCGAUUUCGAUGGUCCAAGGGGCGGCGUUUCCCUGGAAACGGAGAAAGGUAAGAAUGGGACCACCAGCAAGCUUCUAAUAACGCGUGCUCAGCUCGAUGACAGCGGCAAUUACACGUGCGUCUCGAGCAAGGUUGCUCCAGCAAAUGUGAUGGUUCACGUGUUGAACGGUGAACAUCCUGCGGCGAUGCAGCACGGUGGCACCGGCAACAUCAACAGAAGAGUGAUUUUACUCAGCCUGGUCCUGUUGGUGGACACGAUAUUUCGGUGAGCUCCUUCUUCACUCGUGGCUGUUCUCGUCAAGACGUUGGCGUCCACUGUCUCCCACUGGGCGAUACACAUCGGGAGGAGAUGGCCGGUCUGUGAUUUACGAGCUUCCACGUUUAUCUCGCGAACUGAAUUUUCUGUGAAUCGAAAGCCCCGCCGAAGUUCGACGGCCGAAAUAUUAUAUUAUCGAGAGAUGACUCGUUGCGCGUCGUGCUGCGAAUUUCGUA